CGAAAUAUGAUACUUCACUCAUCACGCUUUCACCGCCGCACACCAUUCAAGCACUGCAUCACCAUGGCGUCUAACUCGAUGCGCUUCCUUGAAGCUUUUACGCGCGCUGCCAAGCGUCAGCACGUGUCUGGACGUGCGCAGCGCGGACUCUUUGCCGGUCGCGACAAGGCGUUCGGCAACAACGUGUCAUUCUCCAAGCGCCGCACGCGCCGCGCAUGGAAGGUCAACCACCAGUGGAAGACGCUUUACUCAGAGGCGCUGGACGAGAAGGUGGGGCUUAACGUGACGACGCACACGCUGCGUUGUGUGGACAAGAUCGGCGGACUGGACAACUACCUGCUGAGCAUCAAGGACGAGCGAGAACUCGGCGUCAAGGGGCUCAAGACCCGCGACCGUGUGUUGGCUGCUCUGGCUGAAGCUUAAAAAGGAGAAGAUAGAGAAGAGAAAUGAGAAAGUGCUCCUUUGUACCCGUUGUUCUUCUUGUUUUAAAUUACAAACAGCAUUACGGACGC